AGGAUGGGGUGAUGCACAGGGUGAGUGAGGGCAGUGCACAGUAGGUGGUAUACUGUAUAUAUACUGUGUGUUGCGGAGUCGCAGGGAAGUCGCACCGUGCAGAGGUUACACUGUACAUACAGUAACAUACUGUACCAUGGUACACUGUACGCGCUCCCGCUCCCCGCCCGCGCUGACUGGUGGGUGUGAGUAGUGUACAGUAGUAGUAGUGCCGGUGAUAUACUCUGUCUGUACUGUAUACACACUGUAUAGUGUUGUGGUGCCGGGGUGCGCGCUCCCGCCCGCGGGCGCGCCGGCUGGUGGGUGUGAGCCGCUGGCAGCGCGGCAGCCAAUGGGAAGCGGAGGGCUGAGCAUGUGGGGAGCUUGUUUACAACUAGGAGCCGCGGCUGAGUCUCACCCACCCGGCGGCCGGCAGCAGGAGGAGGGGGGAGCGGCCCAGCCACACUGACAGUCUGCCGGAAAACCCGGCGCAGGAACAGCCAGCCGCCCGGCUCUCCUCACCCGCCCCCAGCCCGCACCGCCGCCCACACCACCCAGCACGGAGCCGGACUGCAGCCUCGGCACACCCCGGACUCCGGCGAGCGCCGUCCGGCCAGUGCGGGCAGCGGCCGGGGCCAGGAUCCAGCGCGGGAUUGUGCGCUCUCCGCGGGGCUGGGAGAGAGAGGAGGCGCGGCACGGGGGGAGCGGACACCCAUUUCCCGACCAGCCCGGGGAGCACUGCUGCUGCUCAUACCGUCUGCACGGGGCAGGUGAAAUGGCCAGCAUACUGUCUAAACGUCUUGGCAAGAGGUCACUGCUUGGUGCCAGAGUCGGCACCCCGAGUAUAUCCGCAGAUGGCAUGUCGGUGGAGGGGCCGGGAGACCCGUCCGGAGCGGCUCACUUUGCAGCGUACGAGAGCGGAUGCCUCAGAGAGUGCCUAGAGGAAAACACUUGCUCCUCCACACAUUCGCCGACCAGUCGCUUCAAGCUGCACCCUGGCCAGAAGGUGUUCAUUACGCACAACGGCAAGGAAAGUGUCGGUUUGGUGGAACAGCAUAACCACGUGGAUGAUGAGGUGAAGCUGUUCGCGUUUGAGCUCGGGCUUCACCUGUGCAGAAAGAUAGCAGAUGUCCGUCUCGCCGAAGCUCCGAGAAGCAUGAGCCUUCCAAUGGAGCAGGCCCUGUCCUCCAGCUCCGGGGCACCUUCCAACGCUGCCCAGAGAUUGGUGUCUCGUAGCAUCGACGUUCCGAAGAGAAGAUCAGAUGCUGUGGAAAUGGAUGAGAUGAUGGCGGCGAUGGUUCUCACCAGCCUGUCCUGCAGCCCCAUUGUACAGAGCCCACCUUGCUGCGAGCCCAUCCCAGCUGCUCAGGUACCUUGUGACCUGUGGAAAGAAAGCGGGGACGUGUCAGACAGCGGAAGCAGCACAACCAGUGGGCACUGGAGUGCAGAGUGUGGGGCUUCCACUCCUUCCACUCCUUCCCCUCCCCACACUGAAGCCAGCCCCAAGUAUUCAAACGAGGUAUUCAGUGCUUCCCAUGUGGACGAGGGAUUCGAAACGGACCCCGAUCCCUUACUUCUGGACGAACCAGCUCCACGGAAACGCAAGAACUCAGUGAAAGUGAUGUACAAGUGUCUGUGGCCAAAUUGCGGAAAACUCCUGCGUUCCAUCGUCGGCAUUAAGCGCCACGUGAAGACCCAGCAUCUUGGAGAUGGUGCAGAUUCUGACCAACGUAAGAGAGAAGAAGACUUCUACUACACCGAAGUCCAAAUGAAGGCAGAAGCUGAAGUGGAGAGCACCCCUAAAAGUCCCAGCACAGCCACCGCCCCACUCCUCGUCCAUCCUUUGACCCCCAAGGCAGAGUCUCAAGCCUUAGAGGUGCCCCCUGUUGAGUCUCCAUUGACAAGUGCACUCAGUCAGUCUGCUCCAGGGUCAUUCUGGCACAUCCAGGCUGAUCAUGCAUACCAGGCCCUGCCUUCCAUCCAGAUCCCAGUCUCCCCCCACAUCUUUACCAGUAUAACCUGGGCAGCUGCCCCACCGGCUCUCCCGACUCUGUCUCCGAUCAGAAGCCGGUCUCUCAGCUUCAGCGAACAUCAGCAACAGUCCCAACUGAUUGUGGCUUCACCGCCCAGAGCAGCCAACGGCAGCAGGAAAGUUCGCGGUGAGGCUAAGAAGUGCCGUAAGGUCUACGGCAUUGAACACCGGGACCAGUGGUGCACCGCCUGCCGAUGGAAAAAAGCAUGUCAGAGGUUCCUAGACUAAGCGCUGAUUCGCCGAGCCUGCACAAGUGCUGGGGGGGAAGGGGGAGGGAAGUGGGAUGGACAGUAGCGGCCUCUUCGCCUAAAGGGCGCGAUUUACAGCCUCUCUGAAAAAUGCGGUGGUGACUACAGACUGUAUGAAAUGUAUAUUCCAGCACCUGUACAAUGUUGUAUGUUUGCCAGAUUUUUUAAGCUCCCUUCUUUUAAAAUAGACAAGGUUUUUUUUUUUUUUUUUUUAAAUCUUUGCUAAAUGGAUGUGCAGGGACCAAAGUGUUCAACCUUCUUUAUAAAACAACCCUCGUCGCUAGUUUCCUGAAGUUUUAAGAAGAUCCGAUAUGACCCGUCCUCGUGUAAUAUAGCGUCUGCUUCACCUAAAUCACCUGUAAAUGUCCUAGAUAUGCUACAGUGUUUGUGCUUCUACUUUUACAACCUUGUGGGGUUUUUUUUGUUUUGUUUUUUUGAUGCGGGAAAAGUGUGUGAAGAGUAAAGCCGGGCGGUUUGCUCCAGCGGUGGGCGGGGUCCAUCAAACGACUAUUGGGUUUGUCAGAAUAGGUGUUUCAAAAUGCCAGUAUAAGAGUCUGGGGGAGCAAAUUGUUACUUACAGUAUAUUCACAAAACCGUUUUUCGUUUCCGGUGCUGUGAUUGGUCAGUAAAUGACGAAACAGGACAGACCUGUAUUUUACAUUGGGAGACUAAACUAAAAAUAUAAACGUAAUAAGUUCUGGAUCUCAUUAAAAGUCCAGUCCGCACUUACUGUAGUGGAAACAGGGUACAUUGUUUUAUCAUAAUGAGUUUCGUGCUCUUGAAUGGAAAGAAAUGGCACCCUCCGCUAAGUUUAGCAAAUAGGUGCACAAUACCUGUGCGUCAGAAUUGCAUUACAUAAUUGUGCGCACACAGAGCCGGAUUCAUGUUUCUAAGCAAAGCAAAAAAGGCAGCAAAUGAGCAAAACCAUGCUGCUCUGCAGGAGGGGGAAGAGGUAACGUGCAGAGAGAGUUAGAUUUGGGUGGGGUGUGUUCAAACUGAAAUCUAAGUUGCAAUGUAAAAAUAAAGCGGUCUAGUAUUUGUGUGCUUCAUGCAGAAGCAGCCAGUAUUUACCCUGCAUAAGAAAAAUAUAAAUUAAUUUGCUCCCCUUGCAUUGCAACAUGGUUUGAUCUUUAUACACAGUAAAUUGUUGUUGUUUUUUUUUUCUUUGCUUUACUUACAAACAUGGAUCAGACCAAUAGUGCAGAAUGUUCAGUAAAACUGUGUAGCAUGAAAGUGGUCUUCCCGCCUCGUCAUCUUCCCCCCAACAGCUGAACCCCUUCACAGGCGAGAGUCCUCCCAGUCAUCGCCUUCUCUAGAUACCAAGAUGGUUUGUACAUGUCAUUACUCUGGCUAGUACAUCCUGCAACCCUAUGGCAUUUGCCCAGUUAGCGUAAGGGACCGCUGGUACCAGUGGUGCGAAUACAGCCGUAUAGUGUGUAGCCAGCAAGCACCAGGCUGGAGGGAUUGAUGGAAAGGUGCAGUGUGCCGCCAUAAGUGACUGAAGAUGGAAUCGUGCCGCUUCCAGUGUGUGACUGACCCGCACAGCAUAAAUGCACCUUUAUAAGGAAAUAUGUGAUUUACAAGCUGACACAGCUGUGUCCCCGUUUUGAUUAAGUUAAUGUAUCUACAUAUUAGGAUUGUGCUUUUCAUAACCUUGCUUUGGCGCAUUUAGUUAGCUGUUCCAGGACUCGCGUUACAUAGAGCAGUGUUCUGGAAUCUCCAUAUAAUUACCAUUUGUAUCCUUUAUGCAGCGGUGCUGUCUCCUCGGUGCGGUUUAUGGCUUAUACUGGAAAAAAAAUACUGUUCUUCAUCAUGUAGCAAUUCAGUUGUUUGUACUUUAUAAUAUGCUGCUGACAUGGACAUAGUGUGACUAAGCUAUACUGUUCUCUCGUUUCCAGGCGUUCAUUGCAUAGUCUUUCCGGAUAUUAAUUGAGAUUGUGAAAACCACUCAGUCUAGGGGUAGACAGUCCUAAUAUAGGAAGCCCCACCAUAGGACAUGGAGAGGGAGUAACCCAGGAGCCUGUACAAGUUUUUUCAUAGAUGUAUAUUAUUUUUUUUAUUAUUUUUUUCCUUUCUUGUCUUUUCACUACACCUACCCCAAACGGCUCCACCCCAGGAGGCUUCUGUAACCCCCCCAUGAUGCUCUAGAACUGUGGAACUGGAGCAUGUGAGGGUCCAGGUCUCCUGAUCUGCAGAGGUCUCGCUUUCAUGGAGUUCUGCUAAAAUAAAUAUAAAAUAGUGACACCAGCAGUUUAUACACCAUGUGAGUGGGGAUAUCUAUCCACAUCUCUCAGAAAUUACUUCUGUGAUGCUUUUUUUUUUUU